UGACUCUUCUCCUCCUGUUCAUUUCGUCUCCAGUCAAGUUUCUUUCUCGCUGAAAAUUCCCUUCCUGGCUCCUUCUCACCCUCUCUUUGUGUGUGUAUGUGUGUCUGACUGUGACUGUAAUCUCCCACGUUCUUUUUUUCCGCUAAAAUGUUCCUUCUGGCCUAUUUCCUCGUCCCGGAUCACGGAAGAGCGACAACCCUCCUCUACUGAAGUCUGCCCCUCUGAAGAUUCACACACAAGUGUGUGUGUAGAGAGCUACGGCGAGAGACACACAAUUUUAGCCUCGAAGUUCAGUUGUUGGAACGCAUUUCCAGCUCGCUCUGAUAUCAGAGAAGUUAAAGGAAUGUGGACUAUUUCUCAUGGAAUUACCCGUGAGGAUUAACUCGCGAUAAGAAAUCGGCGCCCGUGCUUGUGUUUGACCGUGGACGGGAGUAUAUGUCUGAGGUAUAUGAACCUGCUCGGUGUUCUGUAGCCGCAGAGCUCAUGCAUGGUGAGUUUGAGACAGGCAGUUUGCUCCAGUCCAAAUUCACAGUGAAAAGCAAAUCGGGAGAAAUGAUGCGAACAGCACGAAAGUUUUAAGCAAACUUUUACUUGAGUCUCUAGAGAAAACACGAGUAGGUAAUUGGUCUCUUCAGAACAGUAAAUUGUCCUUCCACGUUUGGGAAUUUAGUUUACGGUGUGCAAACGCCACGGACAGAAUGAACAUCUCUGGGCGCGUGGUACUUGCGCUGUUGCUCGCCCUGCUGGUGGGCUUUACCGGGGGCACACAAGCCCAAGUAGUGUCCGCCAAGGUGAUGCGGUCGUCAAACGUGAGGCGAGAUGACCUGUACCGGAAAGAAGAGGUCGUCACGGUAACUGCAGCUGGGGGAGCCAUCCAGAGCCCCCGCUUCCCGAACGCCUACCCCCGAAACCUGCAGUUGUCAUGGAAACUACUGUCGCCCCACAACACCCGCAUCGUCCUGGAGUUUGACUCCCACUUUGCGCUGGAGGAACCAGAGAACGAAGUCUGCAGGUAUGACUUUGUGGAGGUGGAGGACAUCUCAGAGACCAGUACUAUUGUCUGGGGGAGAUGGUGUGGUCAGAGAGUCCCCCCACGCCUCACCUCCAAAACCAACACCCUCAAAGUCACCUUCAAGUCAGACGACUACUUCGUGGCCAAGCCUGGCUUCAAACUCAACUACUCUCUACUGGAUAAUUCUCUUCCUACAGCAUCCAGGACGAACUGGGAAGCUGUGACCCAGAUGGAUGAUGCUCCGUCACUGUUGGCCCCAGUGGUGACUGAUGUUCCUCUGACAGCAGCAGCGUUGGACCAGACCAUAGCAGCCUUCAACACAGUGGAGCAGCUCCUCCGCCACCUCAACCCUGACAGCUGGAGACAGGACCUGGACAGCUUGUACAGAGAGACAGCCAUGUACAGACCCCGGGCCUACCAGCACAACAGACAGAACAAGAUUGACCUGGACCGUCUGUAUGAUGACGUGAAGCACUACAGCUGUACACCUCGGAACUACUCUGUCAACCUGAGGGAAGAGCUGAGGGCCACCAAUGCUGUGUUCUUCCCACGAUGCCUACUGGUGCAGCGCUGUGGGGGGAACUGUGCCUGUGGUACAGACAACUGGAACGGCUGUACCUGCAGCCCGGCCAAGACCAGUGACAAACUACACGAGGUGUUGAAGUAUGCUCCUGAGGUGGGAGGUUUUUCACGGCGUCGGACAGCUCGUGUCCGCUGGGUCCUAGAGGAGGUCCAUCUCUUGCACCACGAGCGCUGUGACUGUGUUUGUCCCUCCAGACCACCCCGUUGAGAGACAAUGGGACAGGGGGACCCAGCUCUGGGAUUAACUGCUGUUUAUAUCUCCAUAUCUCUAUUUGUAUCGCUCCCCUGCCAUCCAUCCCCAUAACAACCUGAUACAAACCUAGUCACCAACAUCCAUCCAUCCCCAUAACAACCUGAUACAAACCUAGUCACCAACAUCCAUCUGUCAUCCACAUACCAACCUGAUACAAACCUAGUCACCAACAUCCAUCUGUCAUCCACAUACCAACCUGAUACAAACCUAGUCACCAACAUCCAUCCAUCCACAUACCAACAUGUUACAAACCUAGUCACCAACAUCCAUCCGUCAUCCACAUACCAACCU